AAAAAAUGUUGGCUGUUCGGUGGCAUAACUGCAUUGGCAGCCUAGAGAAAAUUAAGGCCUUCAGACUAGGCUUAACUAGGGCCUUGGCCAGGAUGUCCGUGCCAGGCACCUGAUUAGGUGAAAUAUCCUGAAGCAAAUAAUAAUAACCUUUGCUGAUAAGAAGCCCCCAGUACUUUUCCAAUAGCAUGAUUGCACUAAGAUAUUUAUUUGGACCAUAGCCUGAAUCACAAACUGAUUCAUGGGUACUGGCCCUAACUUCAUCAAAACUAUUGUAUAUGUGGUGGAACCUGAUGUUCUCCUUAUGGUCCUGAGUUUGUGUAAUAAUACUCUCAGUUGCGUCACCUGUCCUUGUUUCUCUAGAUGGCUCCAUCUGGCUGCAGUUCUCCUUCUGUCCACUAGGUGGCCUCACUUAGGAAAGAGCAGGAUAAAAGGACUUCAAGCCUCUGAUGGUUUGGUUUGUUGUUGUUUUUUAAGAUUGAGGCUAGAAAGAAUGAAAAUAUAUUUUGAUGGAAACGUGUAAUUUUUAGUAGGCAACAAUCACCUCAUCCUCCUUGUGACUUGGAAUCUGUGAAGUACCCUGUAACCCUGUAUAUGACUGGACCCCAUCAUAGGGCAGAUAUUUUCCUGGGAUGGUUUAUAUAUAGCCUUGAUUCAUAAUUUUGUUGUCGUUUGCUGUUUCUAGGAAAGUAACAAAAUCUUGUCUUUAAAAAUAAGGACAUGAGGGACUUCCCCGGUGGUCCAGUGGUUAAGACUCUGUGCUUUCAAUGCAGGGGGAGUGCGUUCGAUCCCUGAUCAGGGAACUCUAAGAUCCCACCUGUUGCAUGGCAUUACCAAAAAAUUUAAAAAGUAUUUUCUGGCAUCUUGUGGUCACUGCAGUGCCCACUCCCCUACUGGCUCCUCCCCAUCCCCUCUGUCACCUGCCUGGCCCCCAGCUGCUCCCUUGUGCAUGUUCCCCAAUUCAUCUGAGUUCCUAAACACUUACAGUGUCCUCCAUACAAACACACUGGCACAUACAGAUUGGCUAGUCUGUGCAUGCCACAGAUCUGUGCAUGUGUCAGUACAUGGACAGGUACAUCUGAGGAUAAGGUGAGUGGAUAGGUACUGGGGAUAGGGGCAAGCCAGUGGGCAAGCUGGCUGGGUGAGGGGACCUGCUGGUGACAAAGUCUGUGUGCAGGAGAGAGGCCAAGAAGGCAGGUGGCAGGAAGGAGUGAAGGUACUGGUGGUGAGGGUAGGUAUCCAGGGCGGCAGCCUGUGAUCGCAUGGCAAAGACAGGCGAGUGUGCUGGCUGACAUCUGAGGAAGAGCUUUUAUUUAUUUAUUUUUUCAUUUAUUUUUAUUAGUUGGAGGCUAAUUACUUUACAAUAUUGUAGUGGUUUUUGUCAUACAUUGACAUGAAUUAGCCAUGAGGAAGAGCUUUUAAAACCAGUGCCGCCCUCUACCAAAGCUUCCUAGCUCCUAUAAUGGCAUUUGUACUUCUCAUUUCUCUAAGAAAGCUCCAGUUUGGUUUUUACCAAUCUCCAGAGCCCUCUUUGGAGAUGCCAGUUGGCACAAUGAAGUGCUGAACGGUUUACAGUCCCAGCCUAAGGUUCAGGGAGGGGAUGUGGUUUAACUGGGCCACAAAGCCUGGUACAGGACUCAUUUGCAUGGCCCCUGACGCCAUGUGACGCAGCCGGCUCCUCCUAUAUAAAGAAGAAGGAGCCGAAAUAUCUCCGAGUCUGGGUUGGACCGGCGGCCGUGGAGUUUGUGACACACUAGGUGACACCCCUCGAGUCACUUCCUUUCAACUCUGGAACGCCCACCCGGCUUUGGGUCCUCUUGGCAGCCUUCGCCCCCCUUCUAGCCCCAGGGCCCAACGCGCAGAGCCCAGCCCCACGCAGCGCGCCAGCCACCGGCGGCCGCCCAGCCUGCCCAGCCCAGUCCAGCCCGCAGCCCGGCCAGAGCUCCCCGGCAGCCCGAGCCAUGAACACCGAAAUGUAUCAGACCCCCAUGGAGGUGGCGGUCUAUCAGCUGCACAAUUUCAACAUCUCCUUCUUCUCUUCCCUGCUUGGAGGGGAUGUGGUUUCCGUUAAGCUGGAUAACAGUGCCUCCGGAGCCAGUGUGGUGGCCAUAGACAACAAGAUUGAGCAGGCCAUGGAUCUAGUGAAGAAUCAUCUGAUGUAUGCUGUGAGAGAGGAGGUGGAGAUCCUGAAGGAGCAGAUCCGGGAGCUGGUGGAGAAGAACUCCCAGCUGGAGCGGGAGAAUACUCUCUUGAAGACCCUGGCGAGCCCAGAGCAGCUGGAGAAGUUCCAGUCCCGUCUGAGCCCCGAGGAGCCAGCUCCCGAAACCCCAGAAACCCCCGAGGCCCCCGGUGGUUCUGCGGUGUAAGUGGCUCUGUCCUCAGGGUGGGCAGAGCCACUAAACUUGUUCUACCUAGUUCUUUCCAGUUUGUUUUUUGGCUCCCCAAGCGUCAUCUCACGUGGAGAACUUUACACCUAGCAUAACUGGUGCCAAGAGAUGUCCCAAGGACAUGGCCACCUGGGUCCACUCCAGUGACAGACCCCUGACAAAGAGUAGGUCUCUAGAGGCUGAGUUGCAUGGGGCCUCAUCACCCCAAGCCAGUGAGCCUCUAAUGCUGCUGCGCCCUGUGGGCUCCCAGGGCCUGAGCAAUUUAGCUGCAACUGGCAAAGGAGAAAGGUAGUUUGAGACGGGCCGCCCGUUUGCUCCAGAAAGUCUAAGGGGUCUGUUUUUUUCAUUUCCAUGGACAUCUUCAACAGCUUCAACCUGACAACAACUGUCCUAUGAAGAAACCAAUUGUGGUUUAAGCAGAGGCAACCUCUCUCUCCUCCAUUGCCUCACCAGGACAGGGCCAGAGUUGGGAGAGAUUGAGCCAAGUCAGCCUUCUGUUGGUGAAUAUGAUGUAAUGCAUGGCUUUGUGCACAGCCCAGUGUGCGAUUAUGGCUUUGGGAUGACCGCUUACAAAGUUCUGUUUGGUUAGUAUUGGCAUAGUUUUUUCUAUAUAGCCAUACAUGCAUAUAUAUACCCAUAGGGCUAGAUCUGUAACUUAGUGUAGUGAUGUAUACAUAUACACAUACACCUAUGUGUUGAAGGGCCUAACCAGCUUUGGAAGUAUUGAGUGGUCCCUUAUCUCUUAAGGCUAAUUCUUAGAUUUGUUCAUUUACUAAGUGGAUCCAGUUUGUCCUUUAGGUUAAGUAAAACUGAAGAGUAAAGGCAGGGAGGGGGGCCAGCCUCUAAAUGCCUUGCUGCUGCAACCUUUGCCCCAUAUGUCCCCUGAAUACAUGUGAGGUCCCCUUCUGAAUGCCAAACCCACCAUUCACUGGUGCUGACUACAUAGAAUGGGGUUGAGAGAUCAGCUGGGACUUUGUUAUCUGAAAACUUUGUUUUGUUUUUAACGGUUGUGGAAAACUUUCAAGUGCAGAGAAUGAUUAGCUUGCCGGUGUCCUCUCAUGGACAAGGGAAUGACUCUGACCUGAUGAUACCUGGGUGAUGUGCUCAGGGAGCUUGUCUCUAGGGAGUUCUGUGGCAGUGAACACUUCCCACUUUCUAACACCUUAUCCUGAUGUUAUGUCUCCAGGAUUUGGAUUUGGAUUUUUCAAAUGUAGCUUGAAAUUUCAAUAAACUUUGCUCUUCUUUUUUUUCUAAAAAUAAA